AUGGCAGUGCACACACUGUCGAACGCGGACGGCACCGAUGGCGACGAAUCAGCCAUUGCUGGCCAGGGCAGCGACGUUGAAGAUGAGAAGAUGGUGGAGAACAUUCAAGGACUGGCCCAAGAACUGCAAGACAUGAUUUUCGCCUACCUUUACGAAGCUCCUGCUUUCGUGACCAUCACUAGGAACUACCAACCACCUGUCGCGCUCCAGCUGAGCCGCAAAAUUCGAGAGCAGUUCGCGGAAGACUACUACAGCACCAAGACCUUUGAGUUCAAAUUUAUCAGUGAAGCCGAGUCCGACCAAUACGAGAGCAAAUUUCUUCUCGCUCGGUGGGUCAUGCAUUUGGAAGUCUCACACCGGGAGAAGAUUAAGAACGUUCAACUUACGCGGCCCUGGUCCUUCAUUCGUCGUUGCCUGGACAUUCCCAAUGAACUUAACGAUGCCCACUGUGAAUUCGGCAUGAUGGAUAUACCCCAUGCGAAGAUCGUACUCGGGUACGUCCGCGAUUCGCGGUGGGUCGACAGGUAUGAUUCUACCGGAUACAUUGGAGCAUGGAUGAGUGGUGAUUUGAGAAGACACCUUUGA